UCCUGUGUACUUCACGUUCACGUUCUAGUUUUUAUUUUAUUUGAGGUGAGACUAAUAUCUUACGCGCCUUUUCGGAUGUUGCCUCAUUGUGAGUGUGUACUAUACCUUAAAAGAUGAAGAUGAAAAAGAAGAAGCAUGCUCGAGGUCUGGUCAGGGGGUCAUGAGGUCGUCCGAGUAGAAUAUAUCACGUCGCUGUAGCCUGCAAGCUUUCACCAAUUCUAAGACUCAGCACUCAGAUUUUGAAUCCUGUCAUGGCGAGCCAGGAAGGAGCGACCAAGACAUCAAGGCGAAGCCGCCGUUCUACCAAGAAGGCCGUCGCCCAGGCCAGUGCUCAGCCUGUCACCCAGUCCGUAGCCCAGCCAAUCGCACAGCCGGACACGGGGCCCGACGCUCAACCUGACGCCCUGCGCGACGCCCAGCCCGACGCCCAGCCCGACGCCCAGCUCGACGCCCAGCCAGACGCCCAGCACGACGCCCACCCCGGUGUCCGGCCCGAUGCCCAGCAUGGCGCCCAGCCCGACACCCAGCCAUCAAUCCUGCCAACGUCGCCAAUGUUCCCAGACGGCCCCCAAGAGCCCGGCGCCACCGCGGCCACAACUUCCACGGUAAUGACUUCUCCGCUGGACCAUAUCCUCAUUUUCGGCCAUGGCCGCUUCCAGUGGCUCGUCCUUCUUUGCACCGCGCUUGCCUACUUCACAGCCAUCUCGCAUAGCAUGGCCACCGCCGGCCUGGCGCGUCCAAUCGACCACUGGUGCAGGCUUCCUCCUGAGUACUCCGGCAUUCCAGAGGCGACGUGGAAGAACAGCAGCAUUCCGUUUGAGGCUGAUGGCAAGACACGCAGUGAAUGCCUGCGGUACGAACCACCAUACUCCAUGCCGGAAGAGCAAGGCGCUGAAAACCGCACAGUCAUUUCCUGCGACGCAGGCUGGGACUACGACAAGGCAGCAGAGGCAGACGUUGGCGUAUAUUCCAUCGUCAACCAGUGGGACCUAGUCUGCGAGCGCCGCUGGAUAAUGACCUUGCUGAUGGCGUUAUACAUGUCUGGAGGUGUGCUGGGAGCUGCGAUAGCGGGAAUCAGUGCCGACACCGUCGGACGCCGUCCCAUGCUCCGCAUCUCGAUUUUUCUACUUGCAUUAGCCGGCGUUACGCUUACUUUCUCCGGGACUCUCGCAAUGUUCGCCACACUGCGCACCAUCAUAUCCGCAGCAGCCUCCAGCGUCGUUGUCACAUCCAUUGUGAUCCUCUUUGAGGUCACUGACACACCACAUCGAGCCCUUUUCAGCACCCUUGCCGUAGCUGGCGGCUCACUCACAGCAGUAGUCUACGGCGAGCUUGUCAACCAACUGGCCCCAAGUUGGCAGCUCGCCCAGAUGGCUUACAUGGCGCCCACCAGCAUCCUGAUAGCGGCGGCCUACUGGAUGGAAGAGUCCCCCUGCUGGCUUCUGGCCGUCUCUAACAUGGGGCGCGCGGAGAGCGUGCUGUGCUGGGCGGCACGAGUGAACAAGAUUGAGCCAGAGGUGUUCAAGACGCGUCUGUCAGGGCUGAGGAUGGAACUCAAGAGGCAGCAAGAACAGCCUGAACCGGGGGCACCAGAAGUCUCUACUCAGGAACAUGGCGUUCACGUCACGGACAUGGUGAGGAACGAGUCCCUGCGCUAUCGGUCGGCUAUCCUUUUCGGCUGCUCGUUCAUAUCGUUCGCAUUGUACUUUAACCUGGGAACGGGCGAGGUGAUGCGAACCAACGUCGUGGCGCGAAUUGCGCUGAUCGUCCUCAAGUUGCCAGGAGUGCUGGUUGAAGUGCCCGUCAUCACGCACGCCGGAAGGCGCAGAUCCCUGGCGCUCAGCAUGGUCGUAAUGUCCGUGCUUGCCUUGUCGCUGUCCGGGGCCCACGCAAUCGGCGCUCAUGACGAGCUGCUCGCCGCCUUGACCGUCUCCUGGCUGCUGGCGUUCGACUUAUGCGCCGUCACAAUGUUCGUCAUCUCGGCUGAGCUGUACCCUACCGUGAUGCGCGGCGCCGGCGUCGGGCUUUGUUACACCUUCGGCCGCAUGGGGGCGUUCGUGGCCCCGUUCAUCAACGACAUCAGGUCGGCCAAGCUGAAAGGCGUCGCAUACGCUGUUGCUGCGGCGCUACUGCUGCUGUUCGGAGUGAUGGCGAUGAUGCUGCCAGAGACGACGCGGCUACUGCCGGCCAACACUGUACGAGAGAUGGUGGGCAACAAGUGGAAACUGCAAUCUCCCCUCAGGAUAGCACGCAUUGGUAAGCGCAAGCGUCCCAAGAGUGAGAAGCGAGAUCGAAGCUGAACUCGUUGAAAGAUGUCCGAUGCGCCUGAGAAGGAAGUUCAUUGACCUCGGCCCAUUUGUCGCUGAACAUGUGCCAUUCGAAUGAAGCACACCAUUUGUUUUACUUUAUUCUCACCGCUGACGAUGCAUGUAAUAUUUUCCGCUGCUUCAUUUUCCUUUGUCUUUCUUUUGUCUUAUUUAUUGAGGUUUUCAGAAUAAGAACGUUGAAUAAUGCCUGUGUGAGCCCAUGUAGAGUAACUUGUGUCAAAUUGUGCGGCUAUUUAUUAAAAGAAAGAAGCUCAAUUACAUUCAUAUCAUGACUGAAUAAAAUGACUUAAACAUGGCC